CACCCCUCCUCCCCAAACUGAGACAGGCGCACAAGCCUCAAGUAAGUACUACGUCAGACCCCAUUGGCAUGGGCUCCUCUGGAGAGGCCCAGAAGCAGUUGAUGGAAGAGACUAAAAGGAAAAUUCGGUCUGUGGCCCAAGCUGAUGGGGGAAACUGAGGCCGGGGAUCCCCAGCCCACCCUGAGCGUUGGGACCAUGGCUUCCAUCAACGAGUUGCCCAACAAUAUCCUCCUGGAGCUGUUCUCCCUGGUGCCGGCCAGGGAGCUCCUGCUGCACUGCCGGCCAGUCUGCAGCCUGUGGCGGGACCUCAUCGACCUAGUAUCCCUGUGGAAACUGAAGUGCCAGCGAGAGGGCUUCAUCCCCAAGAAGUGGAGCCAGCCUGUGUCUGACUGGAAGGUCUUCUACUUCCUCUGCAGCCUCCGGAGAAACCUGAUCCGCAAUCCCUGUGCCGAAGAAGGCUUUGAGUUUUGGACCCUGGAUGUGAAUGGAGGAGAUGAAUGGAAAGUGGAAGACUUGCCGGGGGACCAUGGGAAGGUGUUCCCCAACUCCCACGUCAAGAAAUACUUUGUCACGUCUUAUUACACCUGCCUCAAGUCUCAAUUGGUAGACCUGAAAGCUGAAGGGUAUUGGGAGGAGCUAAUGGACCGGACCAGGCCAGACAUCGUGGUCAAGGAUUGGUUUGCUGCCAGACAAGACUGUGGCUGCAAGUACCAGGUCUGUGUACAGCUCCUGUCUUCAGGGCACGUGCCCCUGGGCACCUUCCAGCCAGAUCCUGUUGCCAUCCAGCAGUGGAGUGAUGCCAAGUGGAGAGAGGUCUCCCACACAUUCUCCAACUACCCACCCGGUGUCCGCUAUAUCUGGUUUCAGCAUGGAGGAGUGGACACGCACUACUGGGCGGGCUGGUAUGGGCCCCGCGUCACCAACAGCAGCAUCACCAUCGGUCCUGAGCUGACCUGACUCAACCCACAGCCCCCAACUGCUGUACCCUGACCUACUGCUCCAUCAUCCUAGGUCCUCCUUCUUUGCACUACUGUUACAGUCAACUCUCAAUUAUCCAGGGACUGUGAGCCUGACAGGUACAUUAUCCAGGCCCCUCUUCGUCAGACAAUGAUUCCUGGUUGCAGUCGGGAGCCGAGUGAAAGAAACCACUGGACCUGAAGUUAGGAGAUGUGGGUUUGAAACCCCGGCUCUAACACUUCUUGUAUGACCUGGAGCCAACUCACUUUACCACCUCUGAGCCUCUGUUUGUUCCCCUCUAAAGUGGGGAUGAGUCUAGGAUGGUUCUGAGGAAAGCACUUUGUAACCCUUAAGGAUAAUAUAGAAAUGUGAAUGAUUAUGAUUAUUGCACUCUCAAGAAUAUUCAGUUCCCAUGAGGAAGGCAGGGCAGAUGCCAGCCUCUCCCUCUAUCAGAGGAGGAAGCAGGCUCAGAGAGGGAAAGAGAUUUGGCCAAGGUCACAGGGACAGGUAGCUGUGGCUGGGACUAAAGCCCAGGUCCCAACCAGCUGCCUGCUUUGAGGCCCUGUCUCUAUUAGUGCCUCUGAAUAGAGAAGGGGGUAAGUAAGGAGCCGGAAGCCAGCUGGGCCUCUUUGGGGCAGGGGCAGAGCAGUUAUGGGGAAGGUCUUAGCACAACCUGGGGCUUGGGGCCACAGUGGGGUUGAGGUAUGAGCUGGAGUCUGGGAGCCUCCCUAGCCCAGCCCGGAUAGUGGCGAGUUGACUAGCUAGCUAACUCACCAGCCGCUUUGAACUGUCUUUUCUCCCCGGCUUCUCUAGUCCUUCUUGAUAUCCCCUCUUUCCAGUCACCAGUGUCUCCUUCACAAAGCCUGAAGAGGCUCCUGGGAGCCAUUAGGAGCUUCAGGGAGAGAGAGGGGGUAGAUAGAUUGCUGGGCCUGCCCCAUAAUCCCUCACUGACACCUUGUCCCCCAGACAAACUACCCCCCCCAGAUUGUGCUCUCAACUCAGAGAGGACAGAGGUCCAAGGAAGACCUAGCUCCUCUGUGUGGGGAGUGGGGUGAGUUAUGUGAAUCUGGGGCAGGCAAGGUCCUGCUAACCCUGAAUUAUCCACAGGAGGGCUGGGUGGCAUCCAGAGUCUGUUCCAAGGUGGACCUAAGGACCUAGGGUCUAAUGGGACCCCAGAAUUCAGCUUGGGCAGGUGGGGAUCAAGGGAAGAAGCGCCCUCUCCCAAAGAGCCAGACAGCACCAGCCCUACCCCCUCCGCUCCCCACCCCUCCUCCUGGGACUGGGGUGUCCUCCCUGCCCUCCCUCCCAGCAGCCCCCACCAUGGGCCAAGCCUUGCCUACACUAAUGAGUAUUCAGAAGCUCCUGGCAGGAGCCACCGUUCUCAGGACUUGCCUCCUCUCUUUCCCCCUCUCCCUCCUGCUGCUUUGAACCCCACACCUUCCUGCUGAAGUGCCAUCUGCUUUCCUCCUCAGAUUCUUCUCUUUGGAGCAAGUAGCCAAAUAAAAGGUGUUUGAGGU